AUAGUAACUAAUUAUUCCUCAUAAAGACAACAUAAAUCGUUAUUUUACGUUAUAAGUAGUAUCUGCAACUGCGUAUGAUGUUUCAAUGUAAUUUCCCUCCACGCGGUCCUUCCCUUCCCUAUAAAUACCCGCCGCACAUUCCUAAACUCGCAAACUCUCUGAUCCUCGCAUAUUCAUUUCAUUUCUAUCAGCAUCUUCUACUACAUUUGGCAACAUUUUAAUUAGCUUUCUUCCUUCCCUGAGAAAUUCAAACAAAAUUAAAAGACUCUACUUUGGAGAUAUGUCAACCGAGAGCUCUGACCAUGAUGGAGAUCUGGAGUCCCAGCAAACGGUUUUGCUAAUAGCAGCCAGUGGUAACAGUACUCCAAGAACCCGUUGGAGCAGGAUUUAUCUGAUUCUUAGAGAGCAAAAUCGCAAGUUGAGAGAAGAUGGAGCUGCUCAGAAGGAUUCUCUCGGUCUUGAGAGAUCAACUUCAUCAUCUACUUCUUGUUACAGUAUCAUCAGCACCGAUAUGACAGGAGAAGCAGAUCUACAAAGCAACGGAAGUGAUCAGGAAAUCUUGUCCGCAUCAAAUGAAGUUUCAAUAAAUAUUGUAACUACUACAAUAUUGGAUGGUGCAAGUAACGCAAAACUCCAACAAGAAAACAUAGCGAGAAUGGUAAAGGAGAAGGACCGAGAUUCCUUACACAAUUUUGGAGGCAUCCAAGUAAUCGCAAAGGCUCUGAAUACUGAUUUAGAGAAGGGAAUCCAUGGUGAUGAGCAGGAUCUACGCUCUCGACGCCUAACCAGCACGCUCUCCACAACACAGGCUCCUAAGCAAGGCUUCCUUCAAAUUCUCGUAACAUCUUGCAAUAGUUACAUUAUUGUCCUUCUCUCCGUGUCCGCCGUGCUGUCAAUUGGCUUUGGGAUGAAGGAGGAAGGCCGGAGGAGUGGCUGGGAGGAUGGAGUAGUCAUAAUUGUUGCCAUAAUAAUACUUGAACUUGCACCUUCCCUGCGUGACUUCUGGCUCCAGCAUUCACAGAAGACGUCUCCAAUGUCAAGGCAAAAGCCAUUGGAAUCAGUUGAUGUCUUCAGAGGGGGAUGCCCGCAGAAAGUUUCCCUAGGAGAUGUUUUGGUGGGUGACAUAGUAUGCCUGGAGAGGGAAACUCAGAUCCCUGCUGAUGGUUUGUUCAUAUCUGGGGAGCUUCUAGAACUAAAUUAUGAUGGUGUAGAGUCCACCAUCGAUGAAAUGAACCCGUUUCUUUUCUUUGGCGCAAAGGUGGUUGGUGGAACUGGUCGCAUGCUGGUUACAUCUGUGGGGAUGGAUACGACAUGGUGGCAGUUGAUGAACCAGGUUACUCAAGCCCUCGACAGGGCCCCAUUACCUGCUAAAAUUGACAGGGUGAGCACUGGCUCACAGAUUGUUGGGCUCUCAAUCUUGAUCCUCAUCCUUGUGGUGUCGUUCCUCCAUUUCGAGCUUAGCAAGGAAGAUGCUGGCUCUAACCAACCAGAUUUCAGGGGAAAACCAACUGCAAGCAGAGAGAUAAUAGAUGCAAUAAAGAGAAUUGUCAUCAAACCAAAUGGGAAGACCAGUACCUUAACAACUUCACUUACUAUGUUGCUGGUUGGCGUAACGGAAGGAAUCCCUUUGGUAAUUGCGCUUGCCAUCACUUAUUGGAACAGGAAGAUGCUGUCUGACAAGGCCUCUGCUCAACAACCUUGGGCUUGUCUCACCAUGAGUUCAGUCACAACUAUUUGCAUUCACUCGCUGGCAUUUGAAAUGUUGUGCACAGGGGAGACAAGAAAAGCAAUACAAGGUUGGGCAAAUGCUGGAGUUCGUGUCAUUUUUGUUUCAGAUGCUAAUGUCUCCGUGUUGGAAGGCAUAGCUCUCGAGUGUGGGCUGCUUCCCAGCCCAAACAGAUUGGUGCUUGAAGUUGAAAACUUCCAAAAAUACAGCGACAAGGAGAGGAUGAAUGAAGUAGAUAAAAUCAUGGCGAUGGGAAGUUCCUCCCCUCCAGACAGGCUCCUUCUAGUGCAGUGUUUGAAGAAAAAAGGCCACAAAGUAGCAGUCGUUGGAGGCAAAAUAAAUGACAUUCCAGCCCUAAAAGAAGCUGAUGUGGGGAUUGUGAUAGAUAGUAGUUGCAGCUGUGAAAUGGCCAGAGAAUGUUCUGACAUCAUCAUCAGGGAUGGCGACGAUUUCAGUUUCUUGGUCACCAUUAUAUGGUGCGGAAGAUGUACUUACGACAACAUUCAGAAGUAUAUCCAGCUUGAGCUUACCAUGAACAUUGCAGGGCUGUUGAUAACCUCCAUCACAACAAUGUCAUUCGGAUAUUCUCCAAUUUCGGCAAUCCAAUUGCUUUGGGCUAAUUUCAUCGUGACCCUUUUGGGUGGCCUUGCAUUACUGAGUGAGCCGCUGAUGGAGGAGAACAAGCUGCCACUCAUGAGGCAAAGUGGACCACUGAUCACCAAGGCUAUGUGGAGAAACCUAGUCAGUCAAGCUCUAUAUCAGGUUGCCAUCUUAUUGACCUUCCAAUUCAAAGGGCAAGCAAUCUUGGGCAUCAGCCAGAAGGUUAGUCAAACCAUUAUCUUCAAUAGUUUCGUUCUUUGCCAAGUGUUUAACCAAGUCAAUUCAAGGGAGCUGGAGAAGAAGAAUGUCUUUAGAGGCAUUCAUCGUAACCCAUUUUUUUGGGUGGCCGUGGUUGGUAUUCUGGUGCUGCAGGUGUGUUUUAUUGAGAUUGCACAUAUCCUUGUCGACGAUCCAAAAUUGAAUUGGUUGCAAUGGUCCGUCUGUCUUGUAAUUGGGAUGUUAUCAUGUGCUAACGAUUGGGGUACAAAGUGGGCUGCAGGUUGCAUCAGGGGUUGGUUUACUGGGCCAUUUUGCCCAAAUAUGGGGGGAACCACUAGCAUGACACCCUCCGCUCCCUCAGACUCUGCAACUCUUGAGCUGCCACUAAUGAAAACUACUUGACACCACUCUCAUCAUUCUAGGUUUAUACUAAUUUAUACUUUUACUAAAAGGGCAUUUACUAAGUGAAUUCAAGUCCAUUAUCUUAGGUUUUUGGGUAGAAGUUGAGUCGUAAUAUGUAUAUUAACUUGUUUGUAUUCCUUCUGUUCCCUACGCACCAUAUAUAAAGAUUUGUGCACAUUUAAUUUGACUCCCUUUCUAAGCACCAUAUAUAGAGAUUUGUAAAUCUGGCAAACAACAUUCUGAUAACAAGGAAAAUAGAGCAAGUUCUGAUACAAAGAAUCACAAAAUAAAAUUCAAUUAACAGCUUGCAGACGAAGGGUUUGAACCAUACUAGAGGCAGCCAUAUUCAUUCAUAUUCUUUGAAUUAAAGAGAGGAAAAAAAAAAAAAAAACAGAAA